GCGUCCGGCGGCUGUGACGCUUGGGGCCGACAGAAUGGCGGCGCGGAACUACGCCACCUGGACGCCGGCACCGCCCGCGCGGGGCCCGUCCAGCCUCGGAGCCACGCAGCGCCGCACGGCCGACAUGAUCCGGCCAUUGCCGCCGCACGUCUUCGACAGCUUGCCGGAGUCACGCGUCGACCGCGCCGAUGCAAGCGCUGUGCGCCGUCGCGGAUUGCCGGCUGCAUCGGAGCGCCGAGAUCCCCAGUCCUGCCACACGGGGAGGUACCAGUCGCCCCUCCAGGCCUACGAAGCGGUCCUCCGUCAGGAAUGCGCCGAGAGCGCCGUUUUCGGCGUUCUCAGCACUCCGAGAUGCCAGCGCAAGGCCACCUACCAUGGCCGCGCCACGGUCACCUACCAGGAACGGGAAGACCUGACAGUUCACCGGGACGAUCACAGCUCCGCGGAAUCUCUGGAACAGCGCAGCCUGUCGGCGGCCACGUACAGUGCCCUCCAGGAAUACCAUCGGCCUAGGCUGUCGACCACUGACUAUAGGAGCCGUAGCUUUGGGGACCACAACGCUGGACAGCACCACGCUGGGCAAAACUACACGUGCUGCUUUCGAGAGCACGCUUCGUGCUGCGACCGGCCUCCGCCUCUGUGGAGGAUCGGCCAGCAGAGGACGCUUGAAGACGAAGACUGUGGCCUCCAGACUGCGCCUGUCACUCACUGCGUCAACCCGAACGUGCGCGUAUCGAGACAGGUACUAAGCGAUAACUUCCAGGACUUCUGUCAGACGAUGCUGGCAUCCGAACGACAGGUGCCCGAGCAGCAGCAGUCGCGAGUACCAGCGGUCACCGUCCAGUCGCCUACCAAGCCUCAACAGGUCGCCUUUCGGCUGGGAAGCAAGGACUCACCCCGGAGGAGGUCAUUGUCUAGUUUGAACAGGACUUCCAUCGUGCAAGAGGUGCUCAAGAAGAUGUCUAGUCAAGCAGCUGCGAUGCCACCCGCAUCUUCGAUAAUGGCACCAACAAUUAACCAUUCUCCUAACGUUGUUGAUAAGGAGACAGGACUGGACCAAGACACCCUGAAAGUCAUCCAACAGUUGGACUUGUCCAUCGCGGGCGAUCAAGAAGUCUUUGCAGACGGUCCUCCGCCACCGGUGUUUCCAAAGCCAGCGACCGACUCUCGGCAUGCGCCCCCCUCGGAAGCUAUUUCCAACGGGUCGUGCCAACAUCCAACGGACUCAGAGGUGCAGAAUGACAACCUAAUAGAGGAAGUCUGCUUUCCGGGCUCGAACAAGAAGCCCUACGUGGCCUUCGGCAUGACACCGCAGCAGACAGCGCCACCUGGACAGACAACCUCGGAGUUGAAUGGAUAUGCAGUCACGGAAAGGCGAGACGCCUUGUUGGGCAGAAACAAUGAGCUUGAGAUAGACAUGGGCGUGGGCGACGUCAAAUCACCAGCAGCCAGCGUGGGUAAAGCACUCUCGGAGACGGGCGACAUCUGCAUUAUGCCAGUGGACGAGUGUCAGCUGGGUCGCAGUGACACGGCGGACAGCGGCGUGGCGAGCCGGCCCGAGUCGGGCAGCUGCUCGCACUUCGUGGUGGUCGCCAUCGACUUUGGCACAACGUACAGCGGCUACGCGUUCAGCUUCACCAGGGACCCCGACAACAUCCACAUGAUGCGCAAGUGGGAAGGUGGCGACCCGGGCGUAGUGAACCAGAAGACGCCGACCACGCUGUUGCUAAACCCCGACGGAGAGUUUCACUCGUUCGGCUUCACGGCCCGCGACGUCUACCACGACCUCGACGCGCAGGAGGCCAAGCAGUGGAUGUUCUUUGAGAAGUUCAAAAUGACGCUUCAUAGCAAUGAGAACCUCAGCCGUGAAACGGAAAUUCGGGCGGCCAAUGGGCGACCCAUGGCGGCGCUGACGGUGUUUGCGCACGCUCUGCGCUACUUCCGGGACCAGGCGCUGAAGGAGCUGAGCGAGCAGUCGGCCACCACCAUCCUGCCUGACGACGUGCGCUGGGUGGUCACCGUGCCGGCCAUCUGGCGACAGCCCGCCAAGCAGUUCAUGCGUGCCGCCGCAUACAAGGCGGGAAUUGGCUCCCCUGACUUCCCGGAACAGCUGAUCAUUGCUCUGGAGCCUGAAGCGGCAUCUGUGUACUGCCGCAAGCUGCGCAUGCAUCAACUAGUGCCCGAGGCCCCCGCUAGAGUGCAUCUCUUCCGAGAGGCAGCGCCCGAGCUGAAUACCGAACCCGCCGUCGACGAGAGGCCAGACAUGCAUAUCCUACCUCCCUUGCGCUCGGAAGUUAUCGAGGAUUACCUUUACGGAGGCACCAAGUACAUGGUGGUAGACUGUGGUGGUGGCACGGUGGACAUCACAGUGCACGAGUUGCACGACCAGCACGGCACACUCAAGGAGCUGCACAAGGCGACUGGGGGACCAUGUGGUUCGCUGGGCAUUGACCGUGAGUUCGAGCGCCUGCUGCGCGCCAUCUUCAGCAGCGAUUUUAUGGACCAGUUCAAGCUGAAGAGGCCUGCUGCCUACGUCGACCUCAUGGUGGCCUUCGAGGCCCGCAAGCGCAACGCCACACCUGACAAGGACACACCGCUCAACAUAUCGCUGCCUUUCUCUUUCAUCGACUACUACAAGAAGUGCAAGGGCACCACCGUGGAGCAGGCUAUCAAGCGCUAUGGCAACAAGGAGGUGAAGUGGUCGUCACAAGGCAUGCUCCGUCUGGAGCCGGCGGCCAUGCGCGAACUGUUCCGCCCCACGCUGGCACGCAUCAAGGAACACAUCGGCAGUGUGCUCGGGGACCCACACUUGGGGGCCAUUCACUACUUAUUCCUGGUGGGGGGCUUCGCCGAGUCGCAGAUGCUGCAAAAGGAGUUGCGUGAGGCCUUCACGCCUCAUACGAGGGUUAUCAUUCCACAGGGCGUCAGCCUGGCCAUCUUGCGAGGUGCGGUGCUCUUUGGCUUGGACCCAAUGGUGGUCAAUGUGCGCCGGUCGCGGCUGACCUAUGGUGUAGGUGUGCUAAACCGCUUUGUGCAUGGUGUCCACCCCCCAUCCAAGCUGGUCGUCAAGGAUGGCAUCGAGUGGUGCGCUGAUGUGUUCGAUGCCUUCGUUUUGGCCGACCAGUCCGUGGGACAAGGUGACGCUGUGGUACGCAGUUACACGCCCGCAAAGAGUGGACAGACACGUUCCAUUAUUCACGUCUACUGCAGUGAACGUGAUGAUGUGCGCUUCAUCACCGAUCCAGGCGUUGUUCGUUGUGGCACCCUUGUGCUCGAUUUGUCAGACACAAGACACACACCACUGCGGCGGCGCGAAAUACAGGCACGUAUGGUGUUUGGUGAGACUGAGAUCAAGGUCAGUGCCCUGGAUGUUGCUACACAGAAAUGCGUCCGAGCUGACAUCGACUUCCUCAACCAGUGAAAUGCGCUGACCCAUGCCAGAAGUGGCAGUGCACACACAGACUGAUGCUUCACAUCUGCGAAACCAAAGCCACUGCUUUCAUUUCAUUAAGAGCCAUAUCAGCAAGAAAAGAAAAAAAGAGGAACAGUUUUAUUGUGUACUGCUACUGUGGAUCCACAAGAUGUCGACUUUCAACUGCACUUGCUUACAACAGCCGAUCCAAAUACAUGGCAUUUUGCAGCAAGGCCUGAGUAGCUGCUUGGUAGUGAUGCACCCUCAGUUCCUUUCCAAUGUAAGCUAGUUUUUUAAUACGAAAAGUGUCAAAAGAGUCGUGCAACCUGUCCAUAUGUUGAGUACUGAUGCGGGAUGAUUAUGAUGGGGGAAGCUUGUGAACAGUAGGAGGCAAACAUCAGAAAGCACAGGGUGUAAUAUUAUGAUAAUAUACUCGGUGAAGUGGUACUCCAUGAAUGUAUGAUGGGUCUGACAAGUAACGACAAAUUUUUAGCAUCAAAUUCUGCAGAAAAAAAAUAUUUGGCCCAAUAGUGCAGCCCUUAAAACUGUAAAAUAAAUUAAGCUACAUUUAACAUGUAAUCCAUAAUAACAUGAGGGCACACCGAGGCAACACAAAGGCACUAGCAAGGCCUAUGUGGCCAACAUUCUAUAAUGUUUAAACUUAAGAAAGUGUCACACAAACAAUGUAAAAA